CCAGUUUCAUUUUAGUGUGACAAGAUAUGUUUUUGAUGAGCCAAUAUAUAAUAAUGAUAAAAAGAGUGAUUCUCUUUGUCUUUGGCUUGUGGGUGAUGGUAGUCUUGCUCAUGGCAAUCAAGGGUGUAAAUGGAGACACAAUAGUUCCAUUUUCAUUUUCUUUUUUGUCAAAAAGGCCUAGUAACGUUGUGAAUAUUGGAGCAUUGUUCACAGUGGAUUCAGUUAUCGGACGUUCCGUGAAGCCUGCUAUCGAGGCCGCCAUUGAUGAUGUCAACUCUAAUCAUACCAUCCUUAAUGAAACUCGACUCAACCUUAUUUUGUAUGAUACCAAUUGCAGUGCAUUUCUUGGCAACAUCGAAGCUCUGCAGUUGAUGGAGAAUGACGUGGUGGGUAUAAUCGGGCCACAAUCCUCCAUUAUUGCCCGCUUAAUUUCCCAUGUUGUAAGUGAACUUCACAUACCACUCCUUUCCUUUGGAGCGACGGAUCCAACACUUUCAAGUCUUCAAUACCCUUACUUUGUCCACACCACACUAACCGACUACUACCAAAUGUCUGCUAUAGCCGACUUAGUUUCAUAUUUUGAUUGGAAAGAAGUCACUGCCAUAUUUGUGGACGAUGAUUAUGGUAGAAAUGGGAUUAUGGCCUUGGAUGACGCCCUUGACAAGAAACGAGCCAAGAUUUCUUACAAAGCUUCAUAUACCCCCGGUGCAUCUCAUAGUGACAUUACUGAGCUACUAACUGGAAUCAACUUGAUGGAGUCUCGGGUUUAUGUUGUUCAUGUAUAUCCUGACUCGGGUCUUGAUAUUUUUACUGUGGCAAAGACGCUUGGGAUGAUGACAAGUGGUUAUGUUUGGAUUACUACAGAUUGGCUUAUGGCGGUAUUGGAUUCAUCAGAGUUUCCAGAUCCUAAAACGAUGGAUUUAAUACAAGGGGUUGUUUCGUUACGCCAACAUACAUCAAGUUCUGAUUUUAAGAAAUCUUUUACAAAUAAAUGGAAGAGUAUAAAAGGCAAAAACACAUCAAGCUUUAACGCAUAUGCUCUGUCCGCUUAUGAUUCCAUUUGGUUACUUGCACAUGCUCUAGAUAAAUUCUUGAAAUCCGGAGGAGGUCUCUCAUUUUCUAAUGAUUCAAAACUACGACAAAGUAAUGGAAGCAAGCUUAAGUUUUCGGCUCUUAGGAUUUUUAAUGAAGGAGAGCAGCUUCUCCAAACAAUCCUUGCCACGGAGUUCAUGGGAUUGACUGGCAAGGUGAAAUUUGACCAGCAGAAGAAUUUGAUGCAUCCGGCUUAUGAUGUUUUGAACAUAGGUGGGACGGGUAUACGGACUUUUGGAUAUUGGUCAAACUAUUCGGGUCUCUCAACUUCUGCUCCUGAAUCAUUGUAUGCAAAACAAGCAAAAAGCUCUGCAGAUGAUCAGCAUAGGCUUUAUAGCGUAGUUUGGCCUGGUGGAAUGAGUAAAGUUCCACGGGGUUGGGUUUUUCCAAACCAUGGAAAGCCUUUGAGAGUUGCUGUCCCAUAUGGCUAUAGCUACAAAGAAGUGGUGACAAAAGAUGAGUCUCCUAAAGGGGCAAAAGGAUAUUGCAUCGAUGUCUUUGAAGCUGCUGUAAAUUUACUUCCUUACCCCGUCACUCCAGAGUACAUAUUAUAUGGUGACGGUCAAAAGAACCCGAGCUACACUGAUCUUGUGAGAGAUGUCGCUGACGAUAAGUACGAUGCAGCUGUAGGAGAUAUUACUAUCAUUACAAACCGAACGAAGGUAGUUGACUUUACACAGCCCUACAUUACGUCAGGGCUUGUCAUAGUUGUUCCUCUCAACAAAUCAAAGCCCAAGCCGUGGGUAUUUCUGAGGCCGUUCAGCCUUGAAUUGUGGUUGGUUAGUGGUGGAUGCUUUCUGUUAGUUGGAUUCGUGGUAUGGAUUCUUGAGCAUCGGUUGAAUGAUGAAUUCCGUGGACCACCCAGGAGACAAAUCAUCACAGUUUUGUGGUUUAGCUUCUCAACGCUGUUCUUUUCACACCGAGAGAACACUGUGAGUACAUUGGGACGGUUUGUACUGAUCCUCUGGCUGUUUGUAGUAUUGAUUAUUAAUUCAAGCUACACAGCCAGUUUGUCAUCAAUCCUCACGGUAGAACAACUGACUACGAGCAUCGAAGGGAUAGAUAGUUUGAUUUCAAGUAACGAGCCGAUUGGAGUUCAAGAAGGAACAUUUUCUUAUAACUAUUUGAUUCAAGAGCUGAAGAUCCCGAAGUCUAGGAUCAUCCAAUUAAAAGAUGAAGUGGAAUACUUAAACGCACUUCAUUUAGGUCCAAAAGGCGGUGGUGUCGCUGCCAUUGUUGAUGAACUUCCUUACGUUGAGCUCUUCAUGCGUUACUCAAAGUGUGAGUUCAAGAUUGUUGGUCAAGAGUUUACCAAAAGCGGUUGGGGUUUCGCAUUCAAGAGAGACUCGCCUUUAGCAGUUGAUCUAUCAACAGCGAUACUAAAACUCUCGGAAAAUGGAGAUCUACAACUAAUUCAUGACAAAUGGCUCUCUACCACUUCGUGCUUGUCUCAAAGUACGAAAGUCGAAGGGAGAAGCCUCUCGUUAAACAACUUUUGGGGUCUAUUCCUUGUCUGCGGUGUUGCUUGCUUCAUAUGUAUCUGCAUUUACUUCUGCAGAAUGUUGUGCGAGUACCGCCAGUACAAUGCUCAUGAAAAAGAUGCUCGGGAGAUUAUGCAAGCGGACUCCACAACAUACAGCAGUAGAUGGUCCUUUUGUGGCAUAAACUUCAGAAAUUUGAUUGAAUUUUAUGAUAAGAAAGAGGAAGAGAUGAGACAGAUACUCGAAAGAAACAAUCGUCGAGUUACAAGGGACCCAGAAGAAUAGAUUCACCCUUCUAAAAUUGCUGGUGUACGUUUACCUGUUGAAUGAUGUGACUUAAUUCCAAUAUAUAGGGACAGGUCUAGCUUU